GCAACCCGUACACCUCGAAUUCCUUUCCGCCACCACAAAACAACAACACCAUCCUAAAAUGAUGCUCCGCACAACCCUCACCAAGACGGCUGCCCUCCGUCCCAUGCGCGCCGCUUUCACCACCACUGCCCGCGCCAUGAGCGAAGGCGACACUGGUGCUCCCCCCAAGACCGGCGGCCCUGGCGACGCCUUCCAGCGCCGCGAAAAGGCCUCCGAGGACUACGCCAUCCGCCAGCGCGAGAAGGAAAAGCUCCUCGAGCUCCGCAAGAAGCUCACUGAGCAGCAAGAGCACCUCGACCGCCUUGCCAAGCACAUCGAUGAGAUCACCAAGGAUCAGGGUGGCGAGCAGAACUAAAAAGAAGGGGGAAAAAGACACAAUGAGAAAAACUAAGAAGACAUAACCCAUUCAUGUUGGUUCAUGCGGGCCGUUAACUGAGCAGUUCAAACUGAAGUUUGGGAGCAAACAACUCGUCUGGAGGCCGAAUUGCGCUACACAUUGUCUUGAUAUGCUGCGUAUUUUCCCUGUUGCCUCUACCUAGGUACUGUACAGCUACAUGAACUCUUCUCCACCUUACAAAAACAAAAACAAAACAAAUUAUAUAAGACGAGGAAAAAAACAAGAGCUACUCCAGUGUCUGUGUUCCACC